GCUGACAGGAAGCUUCUAUGUGACCGGCGUGCCCGCAGACCGCAUCAAGGCUGUGAACGAAGUAGCCAACUGUGCGAAGGAGGUCAAGGAGAUUGGUGGUUUUGUUGGAAGGCCGUGGUUUCCCCUGAUGUUCCGCAAGUUGACCAAAGAGCAACGCAAGAAACUUGGCAAGGGCAAGGUGGUGACCAUCAGAAGGAAAAAAUCUGAUGGAUCUUGGACAGUGUGGGCGUCCUAG